AGAAUAACCAAAGUGACACGUCGCCAAGCCACUAAUCAAGGCAGGACUCUUCCGGGUGGUGAUCUCUGAAAUUGCUCAGUGAGCACCCCUAAUUAAGCUGAUUUAUUGCUGUUAAUCACUCACAAUGGAAUCAAAUCAAAAAUCCGGGGAUGGACUGACAGGCACACAGAAAGAAGCAGCCCUGCGUACAUUGAUCCAGCGUACAGGAUAUGGUUUGCUUCAGGAAAAUGGGCAGAGGAAAUAUGGCGGUCCCCCACCACAUUGGGAGGGUUCACCCCCUGAGAGAGGCAGCGAGAUCUUCAUUGGAAAGUUACCCCGGGACCUGUUUGAGGAUGAGCUGGUACCACUCUGUGAAAAAUUUGGGAAAAUCUAUGAAGUACGAAUGAUGAUGGACUUUAAUGGAAAUAAUCGGGGUUAUGCCUUUGUAACUUUCAGUAAUAAACAAGAAGCCAAAAAUGCAAUGAAACAGCUCAAUAAUUAUGAAAUAAGGAGUGGACGUCUUUUGGGUGUCUGUGCGAGCGUUGACAACUGUCGUCUGUUUGUGGGGGGCAUCCCUAAAACAAAGAAAAGAGAUGAGAUCUUAGCAGAGAUGAGCAAAGUGACAGACGGGGUAGUCAACUGCAUUGUAUAUCCCAGCGCAGCAGACAAAGCCAAAAACAGAGGCUUUGCUUUUGUGGAGUAUGAGAGCCACCGAGCUGCUGCCAUGGCCAGGAGGAAACUGAUGCCAGGGAGGAUACAACUGUGGGGCCAUGCCAUUGCAGUGGACUGGGCAGAGCCAGAGGUGGAAGUUGAUGAAGAUACGAUGGCGACAGUUAAAAUCCUGUAUGUGCGGAACUUAAUGUUGUCAACCACAGAGGAGACCAUUGAGAAUGAAUUCAACAGCAUCAAACCAGGAGCUGUUGAAAGAGUGAAGAAGAUAAGAGACUACGCUUUUGUGCACUUCACCAACAGAGAAGACGCAGUAAAUGCCAUGAACACAUUGAAUGGAAAGCUGGUGGAUGGAUCUCCAAUUGAGGUGACAUUGGCCAAGCCUGUAGACAAGGACAGCUAUGUUCGAUACACAAGGGGGGCAGGGGGCCGAGGGUCCAUGCUGCAAGGAGAAUAUGCUUAUACACUAGGGCAGGUGUAUGAGCCUUCAGCUGCAUACAUGGGAGCGCCUUUCUUCUAUGCACCCCAUGCCUACACAGCCAUCCCAAACCCAAUACGAUUCCUUCCCAACAAGGGACAUGUCAGCACCCAGGGUAUGAUGCGCACCUCUUCCAUCAGAGAAAUUUACAUGACUGUACCUGUAGGGGCUGCGGGGGUUCGAGGGCUGGGUGGACGUGGGUACCUGGCCUACGCUGGCUUUGGCCGUGGUUUUGCGGGAUACCAACUGAAGGCAGACAAGCGAGGGGAGGACAAGCUUUAUGACCUCUUGCCCGGAAUGGAGCUCACGCCUAUGAAUCCUAUAACCCUAAAAGCUCAAGGAAUCAAAUAUGCUCCUCAGAUAUUGGAAGAUAUUUGCCAGAAGAAUAACUGGGGGCAGCCAGUUUACCAGCUUCAUUCUGCCAUUGGGACCGACCAGAGACAGCUUUUCAUAUACAAAAUCACCAUCCCUGCUCUUGCGACCCAGCAUCCCAACAUACAUCCCUUCACACCUGCAAAGCUCUGUGCUUCAGUGGAUGAAGCAAAGACCUACGCUGCUGAGCAUGUCCUGCAGAUCCUGGGUCUGCAGACAGAGGGGGCUGAGCCCCCAGCGACUGCAGCAUUCCCAGCGUAUGCAAUAACGAAUACAGCCACCAGUGUAGCAGCAGCCCAGCUGAAGCAAGCAGUCACUCUAGGACAAGACAUGACGGCCUAUGCAGCGUAUGAGACAUACCCCACUUUCGCCAUGGCAACACAGGGAGACGGCUAUGGAGUUUAUUGAGACAGCUCCCAAAAGGACCAUUGACUUAGUUCACAUUCAUGAUCUGUGGGUUAUUGAUUAUAUACCUGAGCGCAUGUCAGAUUUGCAUUUGGAGGAGUACAAGUACCACAGUUUGUUUUUGUGUGUGAUUGCCAAUUAUUUUAAGAUUUAUAUGAAUAUAAUGUAAAUCCUCAGUUAGACAAACAUUUUAGCCUGUGUCUUCAUUAAUGUAAUUUCAAUAAUAUAAGUGUGAUACUAGUCCUGAUAUGUCUUGACUUGUCUCAGGAAUAAGUAAGCUUGUGUGUUUACAAAAACAUUAUUCAGCAUUUCUCUUUCAAAACUGCUUUUUGAAUUAAACAUAGUGGUGUGCACAGUCAAUACAUAUUUAAGGCACAUUUGUACAAAACAGUCCGUACUUUUUAUGUGCUCUCAACAAUCUCAUGUUGCACCCGUAACAUUGAUACUCAGGUCAGGCUUCACAAAGCCAGAUUGACAUAACUGUGUCAAACUGACUCACAGUUCUUUAUCCCAACUUUGGAUUGUGCAUUAACCUAAAUAUAACUGCAGUUCAGCUUCCAAAUAGACACUGCCUUCCAUUUGCUGUUUUGGUUUUCUCCUUGGAAUGCAUGGGAAAUCUGAAUGCAAGACUGCAACAAUGAGCUGAAAGUGACACAAACCAAAAAAAAGGCUUCCCCAACAAAUGUAUGUGUAGCAACACUAAACUAUAAGAGAAUGAGUUCAAUUUAAAUAUAUUUAAACGUAUUUAUAAAUGGUAUGUUUUCUUUUCAUCAUGUGCCAUAAAAAAACAGUUUGUAUUAUCUUCUUGUUUCUGUUGCUUUAACAGACUUAGCGAUAGAAAACAGAACAAGCAAAUCAACUCUAUGGCUUUACUGUUCAAAGUUUCUGUUAAAGCAGCAUCCCAUAAUGAUAGUGAAUACUUUCUGUAUCCCUCCUGUAGAAUAAUAUUCAUGUCAUCUGUUCAGAGAAGUAUAUAUCUUAUUAAAUGUACAGAUUGUUUUAGUUUCUACAGGUAGAAUCCCUUUACCAAUAAAAUAUAAGCUUGUCAAUAUGUUUUUCUUAAAUAAAAGUUCACAUUGUAUACGAUAUUGUUCAAUGGGGCUAAUUUAUAUCACUUGUUGUACGGAAACCAAUGUAAAGAUGCCCGUUUACAUUAUGCAUGCCAAGGUGUAUUUUGCUGAAGAGCAUUUCAGAACAUGUACAGUGGGAAGAGAUGUGUGAAAUAAGCACUUAACAGAGGUAUAAUAAAUGAAUGUCAUGUCAUUUAGAAUAUGCCAAAGCAACAGGUAACAGUAUUAAAGUGUGCAUAGAGCACUUAAAAUAACUUAUUUUUGUACCACAAGUGCAACAUUGUUUGUAUAGAAAUCUGUUCUUUUUGAAUACCUAAAAUGUUUCAUAUCAAUUAGAUGGGGGAAUAAAAAACAAAAAAAAAAAAAAAAAACAAAUGGAAAUCGCCAAUCGGGGUAAACAUUGGAGUAAAUUGGACACAAUAAUUACAAAUAACUGCAGGGGUACAGCAAAUUGAGUACUGCUUUGAUAAAUGUGAUGUGGACAGUAAUUUGUCUCUUAAAUUCCAAAUAAAAAAGUCAAAAAAAGUCUGUUUUCUGUUGAAUAAAAAGGCUUUCAGUUUUCAUUAGAUACAAUGGAGUUGUUACUUGAACAAAUGCAACCCACCCUUACAAAUGAUAUAAACAAUAACAGUUUCACAUAUUUUAUAUGCACAACAUUUGUGUUACAAUUAGAGCAGUUAUUUACAUUAUCCACAAACAAGAAGCAACAUGUGCCGUGUAUGCCCACAACUCCAGAUGUAGUUUAGCAAUGCUGUAAUAUAAACAUACAACUGACCAGCACAAUCUAUUCACACCUGUAG